GACCCUCCACUGCAGUCGUCCACGUGGGAUGCCUCCCGUGUGCUUGGAACCAUCCCCGGAGAGUUCACCUGAUGUCUCCUUAAUGUGAUGCUAGAGAUUUUGCUGAGCGCAUUUAAGGGUUUUCGGUGGCUGCUGCUACUUUUUGUUUAUUUAUUUUCUUUCUCUGAGCCGGGCCUCGCCCUCCUCCCGCUGACAUGAUGGCCCAGUCCAAGGCCAACGGCUCGCACUAUGCGCUGACCGCCAUCGGCCUGGGGAUGCUGGUCCUCGGGGUCAUCAUGGCCAUGUGGAACCUGGUGCCGGGCUUCAGUGGUGCCGAGAAGCCGAUGGCUCAGGGCAACAACAAGACCGAGGUGGGCAGUGGCAUCCUCAAGAGCAAGACCUUCUCUGUGGCCUAUGUGCUGGUCGGGGCCGGGGUGAUGCUGCUGCUACUUUCCAUCUGCCUGAGCAUCCGGGACAAGAGGAAGCAGCGGCAAGGCGAAGAGAUGGCACACAUUCAGCACCCGGCGGGCGCUGGGUCCCAUGCCCAGGAGGAGGACAGCCAGGAGGAGGAGGAAGAGGAGGAGGUCGCCUCAAGGUACUAUGUCCCCAGCUAUGAGGAAGUGAUGAACACGCACUACUCAGAAGCGAGGGAGACAGAGCCGAACCCGAGGCUAAGCAUCUCUCUCCCCUCCUAUGAGUCGUUGACGGGGCUCGACGAGACGACCCCCACGACCACCAGGGCCGACGUGGAGACCAGCCCGGGGAACCCACCGGACAGGCAGAACUCUAAGCUGGCCAAGCGCCUGAAACCGCUGAAAGUCCGAAGGAUUAAAUCCGAAAAGCUUCACCUCAAAGACUUUCGGAUCGACCUGCCGGACAAAAACGUCCCUCCUCCCUCCAUUGAGCCUUUGACGCCUCCACCGCAGUACGACGAGGUCCAGGAGAAGGUCCCCGACGCCCGGCCACCCGACUGAGCGGCCCCUCCCCAGUCACGGUCCCUCCCGACCCACACCCUCCGCACCGACAGGUCACAACGA